GCCACUCAUUUUUUCCUACAAUGAUGGCGCCACUUGUUUCGUAUUUUCUUCUCAUUUUAGAUGUGAAUUAAACCUGAUUAAGUCUCGAUAGGAACUAGACUAGUGUUGUGUAUAUACACUGCUGCGUAAUACGUGUAUAACGAUUUAAAAGCCUAAUAAUUUUACAACGCCCUUUAAUUUGUGAAAUGACAACAAUGGAGAACAUCAAGUACAUUUACGAUUUGCCAUUCACCGAACGAUCAGAGUUUUGUAAAAUUAUGAAUCAAAAUGAUAAGUGGGAGGAGCUGGCUGGUGCUUGGAUGAAAUAUGAUGUCCUAACAAUACAAAAUUUAAGAAAGGAAAGAAAUCCCACGGAUGAACUAUUGACUCUGUGGGGCCAUUACAAUCAUACAAUAGCAGAAUUAUUUGUUUUAUUGUCCAAAAUGCAGCAUUAUCAAUCAAUGGUGCCUUUACUGCGUUAUGUCGAUCAAAAAUUCCAUCGGCUUUUGCACAAUGGAGAGGCCAAUUUGCAGAACUUAUCACGCAAGCAGCUGGUCAACAAGAAUACUAAAGAUUUAAAGAUCGGCACACAGAAUUUCAAUCAACGUGCACUGCCACAGCAAAGCAUUAAUAAGAUUUUAAACCAACCAACUGCACAAUUGGGCGUCAGUCCAAGCAAUUCCAAUAAUUUGUUGGUAGUCUCACCAGGUGCUGCUGCUUUCUCACCGUCUCCACAAAAUACAGGUAGUAAUGAGAAGAAGAUCAAUGAAUCACCACUGCCAAAGACAGAAACUACUUUGCCUCACGCAAGUUAUAGUGAACUGGCUAUUGCUACAGAUGGAUGGAAUCAGCAUAACAUAUUAGGGAAAGGUGGUUUUGGAACAGUGUAUAGAGGUAUUUGGAAAAAUACCGAUGUUGCAAUAAAAAAGAUACGACAGAAAGGAUCUGAUUCAGAUGAAAGUUACAUACUGCAGCUCCAACAAUCGUUAAAAGAGAUAAAAAUUUUGAAUUCGCGUACCCAUGAAAAUAUCUUACCUUUGUACGCAUACAGUUUUGGUGGAGAAGCGCCAUGCCUAGUUUACCAGCUGAUGAAGAAUGGAUCUUUAGAGGAUAGAUUGCUAUUAAGACAAAAAACUAAGCCGUUAACGUGGAUGCAAAGACAUGAAAUUGCUAAAGGUAUAGCACGCGGAUUACAAUAUCUGCAUACUAUCGGGGAGAAACCGCUGAUCCAUGGUGAUAUUAAAAGCGCAAAUAUUCUAUUGGAUAAAAAUUUUGAGCCUAGAAUUGGUGAUUUUGGCUUGGCACGAGAAGGUCCUGAAAGAGACAGCAUGAAGAUCAGCAGAAUUCAUGGAACAAGACCUUAUUUACCAGAAGAAUUUUUACGUGACAAAAAGUUGUCUACGAAAAUAGACACUUAUAGUUAUGGCAUAGUCUUGUUCGAAAUGGCGACUGGUCUUCGAGCUUAUGAUGAUUCACGACUCGAGAAGAAAUUGUUAGGAGAUUUAAUUGAAGCUUGGAAAGAUAAAGACAUUUCUUUAUUGAUAGACAAAAAGGGUGGGGAAGAGAACAAGCAAGUUUAUAAAAAUUUAAUAUCUAUAGGAAAAUGGUGUGCUAAUGGGUUAGCGCAAAAUCGACCCGAGAUGGAACUUGUGUUCCAAACAUUAAAUGAUUUAUAAAACUUUAUAAUUAUUACAUAUAUGAUUAUAUAUUUUUUUAAAUGAAUAUUUACUUUGAUUGCAAAUAUAAUAAUAAAUAUGACGAGCAUAUUGUGAUAAUGGAUUUUAUAUAUACUAUAUAUCAAAUAUGCAUAUGUGGGUAAUAUAUUGUAAAUAUGUCAUCGUUAUGAAACUGAUCGCGUUUAUAUAUAUAUAUUUGUUACAUGUUAAUCAGUUUUAUUGAUAAAUUUUUAUUUUAUAAAAGAUCUUGUUAACACUGUACAGUUACAUUUUUACUUGCUAAAAAAUUCAAGUAAAUCUACUUUCUGACAGCGUAUAAACUUCAUACAGAAAACAAAUUUAUACUGAACAAAUUAAACUUAUACAGAAAACAAAUUUUUAUUAACAAUAUUUUAUCAAUGUUGUAUUUAAAUAUUGUUGUAAAUCACAACAAUAUUUUAUACAUGUAAAAACAGAACAAAUAAAUAAGCUUAGCAUUAAAAUAUUAAAAUAAUUAUGUGAUAAAAUUUUUCUUUUAGUGUUAUGUAGGUCUAGUAGAAAUGUAUAAAAAAAAUAAGAUUAUGCAUCCAUAUUCAAAGUUACUUAUUAUUAUUUUAUUUAUCAUGAUCAUCAAUUAUUUAUAUAAUGUUAAUUUUUAAACAGAUUGCAAGAAAAGAACAUAUUUCUUUACAUAAAUAUAUUUAAAUUGAAUUGACUCUAUGAUACUAUUAUUUUACAAUACCACAAAUUAAUAUUAAAGACAAAAAUCAAUUUAGAUAAAAAUUUGCUUUUUUGUAAGGUUUUCUUGCAUAAUGUAAUAUUAAAAAUUAAUUAUACAGUCAGUUAAUCAACUUAUUGCACUUAUCUUAUUCCACAAAAACUGACGCUCUACAAACAAUAAUAGCUUAAUCAUAAGAUAUUUUACGUAACAAUAAAUUAAAUAUGUUCUGUAUAUUAGGUUAUAGAAACUAAAAAACUAUUAAUUUAAUAUUCAUAUCACAACGCUAUUCUGUUAACAGUAGUGAAGAAAAUAAGAUGUCAUCAUAAGUUUUAUAUAUGUAUAUAUGGAUAACCUAAUGAUAUAAAAUCGUAAU